AUGUGGCAUCAAAACCAAGCACUCCCACUACCACCACCUCAAAACCAGCAGCUCUCUCACCCACAGCCAUUUUCAAAACCUUCAAGAGAAGCUCAAGUUUGGAGCCCACUUCAAGCCCAAAGCAAAAGCCUCUUACCUAAAUUCCACAAUGUCCUCAAUCACGUACCUGUCUUGAUUGCAUUUCACAGGAUAAAUGCCCUGGAAGCGCACGGUGAGAGGGGGCGUAAGCCCGAGCCCACCAGAAGAUUUCGGCUUGGAGGUCUUCUUUACGACCUUGAGGAGAUCUAUCUCCUGGUGGCAGUCGUGGCAAGAAAGGCGGCAGUGUUUGUAGAAGUAGAUACACCGGAGGAAUAA